CUCCCUGCUCACACUGCGAGGACCCGCCAAACACACACAUAUAGCCACAAGUAGACACAUGACAGGCCUGCUAGUUAAGCCGUUUAGCUAGUGUUGCUGUCUUCUUGUGGAUCUAAUCAUGUUUGUAGCGCGUAGCAUCGCAGCAGAUCAUAAAGAUCUAAUUCACGAUGUGUCCUAUGAUUUCCACGGCCGGAGAAUGGCAACUUGCUCCAGUGACCAAAGCGUUAAGGUUUGGGACAAAAGUGAAAACGGAGAGUGGCACUGCACAGCCAGCUGGAAGACACACAGUGGAUCAGUGUGGAGAGUGACCUGGGCUCAUCCUGAAUUUGGGCAGGUUCUUGCUUCCUGCUCCUUUGACAGAACAGCUGCUGUCUGGGAGGAGAUUGUAGGGGAAUCUAAUGACAAACAGAGAGGACUAAGCCACUGGAUAAAGAGAACCACUCUAGUGGACAGUAGAACAUCAGUGACUGAUGUGAAAUUUGCCCCGAAACACAUGGGUCUGAUGCUGACCACCUGCUCUGCAGACGGAGUGGUGAGGAUCUACGAGGCUCCCGAUGUGAUGAACUUGAGUCAGUGGUCCCUGCAGCAUGAGAUCUCCUGCAAGCUCAGCUGCAGCUGCAUCUCUUGGAACCCCUCCAGCUCCCGUGCCCACCCUCCAAUGUUUGCUGUGGGAAGUGACGACAGCAAUGUGACGUACGGUGGGAAAGUUCAGAUCUAUGAGUAUAAUGAAAACACACGGAAAUACGGUAAAGCAGAAACACUGAUGACCGUCACGGAUGCAGUCCAUGACAUCGCAUUUGCUCCAAAUCUUGGACGAUCUUUCCAUGUGCUCGCCAUUGCAACAAAAGAUGUCAGAAUAUUUAAGCUUGUUCCUAUGAGGAAGGAGAGCACCUCUACAGGACCCACCAAGUUUGAGGUGCAAAUAGUGGCUCAGUUUGACAACCACAAUUCCCAGGUGUGGCGUGUGAGCUGGAACAUCACUAGCACCCUGCUGGCCUCCUCUGGGGAUGAUGGCUGUGUUCGCCUCUGGAAAGCUAACUAUAUGGACAACUGGAAGUGCACAGGCAUCCUGAAGGGAGACGGCAGCCCGCUGACAGGUUCAUCUGGUCAGCCUACAGCCAUGAGCACUGUGGUGGGCUCCUCUGUUCAGACCUCCCAGAAUGCCCUGAAUGGGAUGUCUGCAGGAAGGAUUGGCAAGAGGGCUCCCUUUGCUCCUCCCCUCCACCAGCUGACCUCUCCAAAGAUAUACCAGCAUCCUGCAUAUUACUAAUGUCUCUUCUGCAUCAGCUAACAUUUGCUCUUGUGUCGGUGCGUUUGAAAUGCAAGAUUGUGUGUGUGAUUGAUAUCUUCAUUUUUGGCAUGCUUCUGUACUUAGCAGCUUCCACCUUGUUUUGAUUCCAUCAUGUUUUUUUGACACUGCUUUGACUGCACAUAUGCUUUUGAAAAAUAAACCGUUUUCACUACUGUGCAUGCCAUCCUCUUCUCCAUUUUUAGUUUUUACAGCAUGCCUGCAUUCUUUUUCUUUUUAAUUUCUCAUUUCCUUCUAUAUUCCUUUUGUUGUCUUCUUUUCCUCUCCUUUCCUUGUCUUUGUCUCUUUUUUUUUUUCUUCCAUUGCUUCAGGUAUUUCUUUCCACCUCUGGACCCUCCCAGAGCAGGGACCAGGUAUGGUCACCUGCUGCCUCCCUCCUCCCUCAUAGAGCACUGUGAUGCUGAGCCCAUUCAGCCUCAGCCACAGGCUCUUCCUCACAGACUCUCCUCAAGAUCACUGCUGCCCUUACCAGAGGCUGAAGGGCAAUGAUUAUUUGUCUUUUUUUUAACUGUAUAGUUAAA